AUGUGGUCAUAUACAUACCUUCUGGCUUUAAUAAUUCUAGCCACAGCAAUCAGCGCUGUGGACGAGAACAAUGCUCAAUCCGAGAAGCGAUACGCCAUCCUCGACAAUGACUGGCUUGCAGUUAGCUUUCUGCCCUUCCUCAUGACCAUGAAGGGCGGCAUGGAGGUACUGGGUCUAGUCUCAAACACUGCAAACUCAUGGCAGAAACAAUGUGGCCUGCACGCCCUCGCAAACCUUGAAAUCGGAAACCUCAGCUGCAUCCCCGUGUAUCAAGGCGCAACAUGGCCUCUCAUAAACACCCCGGCGCGAUUCCAGGCAUGGGAGGCCGUGCAUGGCAAGCUCCCAUUCCAGGGCGCAUUUGGCCCGCAGAACAAAAGUGCUGAACAGCAAGGGAAGAACCCAGCUUCGGGCGAUCCGAACAGGGUCGUGGAAGAAGCGUUCGUUGAAGGACUUCCGAGAACGCAAUUCGAUAACUCGACGAAUGCGCCCAGCUUUAUGGUCCAGAUGGUGCGUAAGUAUCCGCAUCAGGUUUCUAUCUAUGCGGCUGGUGCGUUGACGAAUGUUGCGCUGGCUGUACGCAUGGAUCCGGAAUUCGCUAUGCUGGCGAAGGAGUUGGUGAUUAUGGGUGGAUAUGUGGAUUUUACCAUGCUACAAGCAGCUGGAGACAUAGUCCAGGCAGAUAUUAACUCUGAUAUCAACUUCAUGAUAGACCCCGAGGCAGCAAAGAUUGCCAUCAAUGCUGAUUUCCCUGAUAUAACCAUUGCUGGAAAUGUUGCAAAUCAAGUGCAGUGCACUCAGGAAUAUCUGGACGAGGUCUACCAGGUCAAGAAUCCAUAUACCGCACUCUUCCAUGAUCAUUAUGGCACCAAAUUUCCAUUCUGGGACGAGACGGCCGCAGCUUUGAUGAUCGACCAUUCAAUUGCUCUUAACACCUCAGAGCUUUACGCCGACGUUGAUAUCUCGUAUGGGAGUCCAAGCUAUGGAAACACCCGCCUGUAUCGAGAGGAGCUUAAACCUCCUGGGGCCCGCGAAGUAAUACACGUGAACCAGAUUGAUGGCGACAAGCUAAAGGAUAUGAUGACGAGUGCUAUGUGGGAGCCUCCUACCUGCUAA